AUGAAUUCAGCAUAGGUUUAUCACAUAAUCAGCGAUAAAUUUCAUUCCUUAUAUAUGUCAAACAUCCAUUAGGCUGAUCAACUGAAUAUUCUCCGAUCGAGAAAUAUUAGGACUAUUAUUUGUGUGGAUAAGAGUCCUUCAAAACAUUACACUGAUUUUGCGCGAUACUAUUAAGUAUUUUUAUAAGAUGACAAAUCUACACAAUAACUUUAAAAUAUUUGUGAAUUGAUCUAGAAUGGAUUGAAAUUAUCAUCUAUUCUUGUAGUCUGUAAUAACGGAUUGUAAGGAGCACCCACUAUUGCAAUUGCAUAUCUCAUUAGCCAAGGUUGGAAAUACGAAAAAGCAUUCUAUUAUGUCAAAGAAAAACAUAAUCUCAUCAAUCCGACUCUUUAAUCAAAAAAACAAUUGAUUGAAUUUUAUGGUUCGAUAUCUAUUUAGUAACCUAAGGAGGAUGAAUUUACUAGAUUUACUUAGGUUCUUAAAGAGAUGUGGGAGAAGUAAGAAUAUUUUGAAGGUUCCCCUUGCUUCAAUCCUCUUACUGACUCUUUUCAAGAUGAUGGUACCAAAACCCCAGGUUUCAUUUCGCCUACUAAUGUGUUGAAGAUACGCAAUUCUAUUCGAAAACCAGCCUCUCGUAAAAGCAGCAUGAUUAGAAGCACUUCUUGUCAUCAAAGGAGCGAUCCCAAUCUCAAUUAUUCAUUUAAUUUUGAUGAAAUCAGAGAAUUAGAUUAGGAAUAAAAAUUAGAGAUAUAGUCACCACAAUUCUUGCAAGUUCAAGAAAUAUGCGAAGAGGAGGAGGAGGAACUAGUCAGAUUGAGACAUAGAAGACACAGAAGAAACAUCACAAGAAAUAAGAGUGCUCAUCAAAAUAUUUGA